CAGCCAAGGGUGGAAGAGGGACUGGGUUUCAGAGUCCUGGUGCUGGAGCCCACACUUUUCUUCCACCUCUUCUGCCUCAGUAAAACAAGGGGGGAAAAGAGAGAGUGAAAGAAAAUGAAAAAUAACAAAAAACCCAGUCGUUUACUCCUCCUGCCCCAAACGCUUGUGCUUUCGCUUUCAGUUCGCUUCCUUCCAGCCCUUUGUGUGACAUUUUAACACCCCUGCCCGCUUUCAGCUUCUGAGAACAGCAGGUUUCCUGAGGCUUUUUAAAGGCUGACUCAGGAAGAAAACUGGGGAGUGACAAGGGCUGCUGAGAACUGAGAACUUGUCCUCUGCUGCUGAGUCUGCGGCACACGCCAGGAUACCAUGGCAUCUGAAUCCACCAUGAAGGCCCCCAUUUGUCUGGUAGAAAACUUGCAAGAGAAGAUGAUGGUGAAUCCAAAAGCAUUACAGAUUCUGAAGAACAUUUCUCAGCCUGUGGUGGUGGUGGCCAUCGUGGGGCUAUAUCGUACGGGAAAAUCCUAUCUCAUGAAUCGUCUUGCAGGAAAGAAACAGGGCUUCCCUCUGGGCUCCACAAUAAGGUCUGAAACCAAAGGCAUCUGGAUGUGGUGUGUCCCCCACCCCUCCAAGCUGAACCAGACCCUGGUCCUUCUGGACACUGAGGGCCUAGGCGAUGUGGAAAAGGGGGACUCUCAGAAUGACUCGUGGAUCUUUGCCCUGGCUGUGCUUCUGAGCAGCACCUUUGUCUACAACAGCAUGCACACCAUCAACCACCAGGCCCUGGAGCAGCUGCACUACGUGACUGAACUAACAAAGCUAAUCAAGACAAAAUCUUCCCCAGGAACUGAGGAAGCAGGGAGUGCUGCUGAGUUUGUAAGUUUUUUCCCAGACUUUAUUUGGACUGUACGGGAUUUUGCAUUGGAACUGAAGUUAAAUGAACAUGUCAUCACAGAAGAUGAGUACCUAGAGAACGCCUUGAAGCUGAUUCCAGAAACCAACCCCCAAAUCCGCAAUUCCAACAUGCCUAGAGAGUGUAUCAGGCGUUUCUUUCCCCAACGGAAGUGCUUUGUCUUUGACCGGCCUACCAGUAACACAAAAGAUUUACUUCAUCUGGAAGAAGUGCCAGAAGAC